CGAGAAAAGAUGCGUUUCUCUUCCAUGGUUGCCGUCACCCUCUUGGCUCUUGGCGAGACUGGGCUCUGCGAUCGCCAAGAAAGGCAGUCAAAGUUGUUCUCUGGUAGCGUCGCCGGCCGCGCCGCGGUCCUCGUUAGACAAGAAGUCGACAAGCCCACCGUCGAGAAGAGACAAAUCAGCUUCGAGAACGGAGGCAUCAGCAUCGGCGGCGCCGGAGGACUCCAGCUCGGCGGGAAGGGCAAAGGCAAAGGGAAUGCUAACGGCCAGGCUACUGCCGGUCAGCCCGGUACCAAUGUCGCUGGUAACCGAACCGCCAACAACAACGCCGGCCUGACUAUCGGCGGCAUCAACCUCGGAGGCGGCAACGUCGGGACUACCGGAGGCAAUGGAGGCACCGGCAACAGCGCACUGGAUGCUUUCCUGAACGCAGCCAACGGCAAGAAGAAGAACAAUGGCACUGCUAAUGCUGGCGAAGGUGCCGCUGCGCCGGGCAAGGCUGCUGGUGGCGAAGGACAAAAGGCUGGUGCUGGUGCUGCUGCCGGUGGUGGAAAGCAGAAGGGCGAGGGCGGUCCCGGUGCUAACCCCGGUGAAGCCGCAAAGGCUGAGCAGGGACUCGGAGCAAACCCCGGCGAGGCCGCAAAGGCUAACGAAGCCGCGAAGGAAGCGCAGCGGAAGGGUGCUGGGGCCGGCCUCGGGGAGGCUAAGCCGGCUGGUGAGGCUCCGCCUGCGAAUGCUGCCGAGGGGCCCAAGCCUGCCGAAGGAGCCGUGCCUGCUGAAGGAGCCAAGCCUGCUGAGGGAGCCAAGCCUGCCGAAGGAGCUGCCGAGGGACAGCCCAAGGCAGUACAGGAAUCGGAGCAGUUCAAGGACAACGCCGGCAUCACUCUCGGUACUGAUGGCCAAGCCCAGAACAUCGGAGGCAAUCUCGGUAUCACCAAAGGUAGCGAUGGCAGCACAUCCGUCGGCGGCAAGUCUGGUAUUAACAUUAGCCCUGGUGGUGCCCAAAGACAAGGCAAGGGUAAGGGUAAUGGCCAGCAGCAAGCGACUCCGCCGCCCGCUGAGGGACAGCCGGCUGCCCAGCCUCCAGCUGCGGCACCUGAAGCUCAGCCGGCGACGCCUGCGGCUCCGCCCGCUGCUCCAGCCGCUGAAGCUUAGGAGGAUACUCUGCGGUUAUAUAGCACUCUGUUACGGUACAAUAAUUGAAACGGGU